AUGUCAGCAUGGGUAAACCAUGCUUUACGUAAUGGUCCCACCACCAAGUAUACUGAACUCAUAGAGAAACCUACCAAUUUACAAAUUGACCAUUUUUUUGGAACAGGCAAUAUUGCUAAAGUGAUUACUGAAGAUAAUGAUUUAAGUAAAAUAACAGUGAAGCAGCUCAAAAAUGCUUCAGAUAAACUCAAUAAUAGAGAUAAUUGUUUUGGAAUUGAGAAAGAUACCAAUGCUCAGAAAG